CGCGACAGGUCUCCCCAGCCGCCCACUGGUCGUAUGUCCAGCUUGACGGUCAACACCGGGCCUCGACAGGCAUCUCUUUCGCUCGCGGCCGCGCCGGCAUCGCCGCUGCUGGAAUCGUACCAUGGGACAUAUCAGAAUUGCUCGCCCAUGCCCUCGCCUUUGUUGCUAGCAUCCAGGCACCCGGGCGAUCUGCCAAGAGGCGCGGAAGCCCUCUCACCGCUCUCUGACGGCGAGGGCGACACCAGGCUCAACAGGCGAGCUCGCUUCCACGAUCCGCAGGACAUUGCCUCUCGCCUUGCCCAGGCCCUCAAGGGCACCCACAGACCGGAUGUAGCGCCGGUCAUUGAGAUCCUUCCCAGCCUGUCGCACGAGCAGGUCAUGGAGCUCCGCGCCGAGUACAAGCAGAUUGUAAAGACCGGCACGGACCGCAAGGGGGUCAACAUUGCCAAGCACAUCCGCGCCCGCUUCAAGGACGAGGAUCCCCUCUUGAUGAAGGCGUGCUAUGCCGUUGCCUUGGGACAAUGGGAGAGCGAGGCCUACUGGGCCAACUUCUGGUACCAGGGCGACAAGACGCGCCGAGAGCUGCUGAUCGAGUCGCUCAUGGGCCGGACAAACGACGAGAUCCGCCGCAUCAAGGACUCCUUCUCUGACAAGAAGUACGACAACAGCCUGAGCAAGUGCAUGAAGACGGAGCUGAAGGAAGACAAGUUCAAAAAGGCCGUCUUGAUGGUCCUGGAGGAGCGCCGCAUGGAAGAGUACGACUAUGAGGGCCGCAGACUGCCGCUUGACUACAAGCUCAUUGAUCAGGACGUCGAGGACCUGCACAAGGCCGUCAAGUCCGACAAGGGCGGAGAGACGCUGAUGAUUACCAUUGUCGUGCAGCGCAGCGACGCCCACUUGCGCGCCGUCCUCAAGGAAUAUGAGCACCAAUACCGCAGCAACUUUGCGCGCGACGCGCUCAAGAAGAGCAACAAUCUUGUGGGCGAACUCCUCGCACACAUCCUCAACGGCGUCAUCAACCGCCCCGUCCGCGACGCCCUCCUCCUGCAGCAUGCCAUCACCGCCUCCCGCAAGGACUCGCUGCGCCGCGAACUGCUCAUCUCGCGCCUCGUGCGCUUCCACUGGGACUCGUUCCACAUGCAGGACGUCAAGAAGGCCUAUCGCGAGCGCUACGGCCAGGACCUGCAGGACGCCGUGCGCGGCGCCACCAGCGGCGAAUGGGGCAUGUUCUGCCGCGAGCUGUGCAUUGCGCGGAUGCCCAACGAGAUACGGCGGAUGGAC